AUGGCAGACAUAGUGGCAUUACUUGACAUCCUCAUUAGUUUGGAUUCUCGAUCGGACGCGGGGGCAUGGGGUCGCGAGCGAGGACGGCGGUCGAGAUCGAGAGAGGCGAGGGGAGGGCGGCGAGCCGAGCGUCCGUCACCUGUUAACUGCCCGGACAAAACUGGGCUCGGCUGCGAUCUCUGCCGAAUUAUUCUCGAGUUCGGGCUUUAUAUUACGAGGGGAGACGUAUCAACCGAUGGGAAAUGGUGUUUUGUUGUGCUCUGGGUUAUCCCCUGCUCUCCCAAAAUAAAUGUCCAAUGGAGGAGCUUAAAAACCCGACUUUUAUCUCUGUGCCCGUCGAAUCCGAUCCCAUUCUACUACGAUAUUGGAACCCAGCCUGCAAUAUCUCAGGUUUACUUAUUGAAGCUCUUCUCCGUUGAUCGGAAGGGAUUAUUACAUGAUGUUACUCAUGUUCUCUCUGAACUUGAGCUCUUGAUUGAUAGAGUGAAGGUUUCGACGACCCCUGAUGGUAGAGUCAUGGAUCUCUUCUUCAUAACAGAUGGCAUGGAGCUCUUGCAUACUAAAAAGAGACAAGAUGAGACAUGCCAAAAGUUGGAUGAAGUUUUGGGAGACUCAUGCAUCAGUUGUGAGUUUCAAUUAGCCGAUAGUUUUCAGCAGGGUUUCUCUUCCCUUCCUUCUGCUGUUGCUGAAGGACUAUUUCAUCCGGAGAUACCUGACGGCGAUAUCGGUUCACAAGCACUUAGUCCAGAUAUGAUGAAGCUUAAAAACAUGAACUUGGUCAUAGACAAUUCCUUAAGCCCUUCUCAAACUUUGCUUCAGAUUCACUGUGCUGAUCAGAAGGGUCUUCUCUAUGACAUUUUGAGGACUUUGAAGGAUUGCAACAUUCAGAUAGCGUAUGGACGAUUCCUCUCAUACGAGAAAGGGUACCGCGAAAUAGACCUUUUCAUCCAACAAGCCGAUGGUAAAAAGAUAAUUGAUCCUGAAAAGCAAAACACAAUUUGCUCUCGGUUAAGAUUGGAGAUGCUCCAUCCUUUAAGAGUGAUAAUCGUCAGCCGUGGCCCAGACACCGAGCUCUUGGUUGCUAACCCCGUCGAAUUAUCAGGAAAAGGAAAACCUCGAGUAUUUUACGAUGUCACACUUGCUCUCAAAACACUUGGCAUCUGCAUCUUCUCGGCUGAAAUUGGGAGACAUACUACAUCAGAGAGGCAAUGGGAGGUGUACAGAUUUCUCUUGGAGGAAACGAGAGAAUAUCCGUUAGCAAAUAGGCAAGCUAGAGAUCAGAUUGUGGAUCGAGUGAGGAGGACGUUAAUGGGGUGGUGAGAGCUUUAAGAUUGGAGAUAAAAUCAAUGAGCUUGCCACUGUGUGAUAUUUAGUUAGUUUACUUUUUCAAGUGUAAUAUAUCGUGGGACUUUCAUCUGUACAGUGUAAUCACCAUCCUAUGGCAAUAAGAUGUUCCCAUGUCUCAGUAUUCCUUAGUCUCC